GCAACUGCGGGGCCUCGUACUCGGGGACGUGCAGGAGGAGGAGGAAAGGAACAUAACAAUCGUCCACGUCAACGAUCCGUGCGAGAGCACGUCGAUGGAGGACAAGUGGAUAUGGAAGAUGGCAUUCAGAUCGCACUACUGCCACACCCAGGAGGAAGGGCAAUCACAGCUCGGGAUGUCCUGCAGGUCGAUGAACGUGUUGCAUGUUGAGCAACGGUCCGAACUGGCGCUGGAGAGACAUUUCUUCAGGCUGGCCAGCUUCACUUUGAUACGCGACCUUGCCAGUCUCUGCGAGCUUGACCAUAACUCGCUUGAUGUCGGGAGUUGGGCCUAGCGCCACGCCUCCCUUCCAGUUGUAGCUCUGGUUCGUGUGGCCCGCGAGGAUGGUGAACGAGACUGACUGCCCAAGUCAUUUCCUGUUGUAGGGUGGCAGCGGGUUGAAGUCGAGGGACCCCUCGAAGGCAACACCUAUACCCGUGGAAGAGAAGGCGUACUCGUUGGUGUCGUCGCAUUUGGUGUCGGAGGUGCUCUCGACGACGACGCUACGUCCUGUUCUGGCAACUGCAGAACACCCCACACGAAUGUGCACCACAAGGUUGCGCGGCGCAAUCCUUGCUGUGAAGCGGCAACAUGUUGAGGUCGAAGGCCUCGGCGUAGGCAGAGCCCGACCCCGUCGAGUAGAAGUCGUGCUCGCUGGAGCUGUUGCCGCACUCGGUAUCGAAGGUGCUCUCGAUGACGUUGCUGCGGGUCUGACCGCGGAGCUGCUGCGCAGACUACAGAACACCCUUGCGCUGCUGAACACCACUAGGCUUAUGAACGCAAGCGCGUGCACCACAAUGCAAAUCAGCAUGGCGCUCCGCGGCACACUACCUGGCGCAGGGCGGCAGCGAGUUGACGUCGGUGGCCUCAUCGUAGGCGGUGUCUGGCUCCGAGGAGAGCCGGUGUACUUAAUAUCGGCGGAGUGCUCGAUAUCUUCGCUGUGAGUCGCAUUGUGGUGCUGCUCGGGAGGGCGAAGCACAUCCUGGCGUGGUAGAAUUCCAGCUGGCUUAUUAACUCAGGCGUGAGAGCCACAAUGCAAUUCGCCAUGCAGAUGCUGGGCAUCAUCCUGCAGGAGGACUCCGCCGUGGAACACCACCAUGAGGCUGCAGCUGACCAUGCGAUUGUCCGUC